AUGGCGUCUACAACCGUUCUAAUCACUGGCGCCAACUCCGGAGCCGGCCUCGCAGCAACCAAAGAGCUCGCCCGGGCAUCACCCACCCUCCACAUCAUCAUGGCGUGCCGCUCUCUCAAGCCCAAGCAGCAAAAAGCCGCUGCGCACAUAGAGCAAAUCUUCGGCCGCCUAGACGUGCUCGUGAACAACGCGGCGUCAGGCAGCGGUGACCCGGACGUCAAAACGCGUUUCAGCCUCUGCUUGGAGACAAACGUCACAGGGCCCGCCAUGGUCGCCGCGGCGUUAAGACCACUGCUCCUCAAGUCUGCAAACCGCUACUCCCUCUACAUCAGCAGCGGCCAACGCACGCUCGUGCGCAACGCAACUCAGAGGCCCCCAACUCACUCUCUCCAUCUUCAGAAUCUCGACGCGUACAUGGUCAGCAAGGCAGCGCUGAAUAUGCUGGCCGGACUGAAGGUGUUUGUUGUGAGCCCGGGGUUUGUGAGGAGCAAUUUGAGGGGGACGAGCGAGGAGGCGAGGAGCGGGUGGGGUCAGGCUGGGGAUCCGGAGGCGGCCGGGGAGCUUAUCUUGAGUGUUGUCCAGGGGAAGCGGGACGGGGAUGUGGGGUCUUUGGUUCAUGCGGAUGGAGUGUAUCCUUGGUGA